AUGGCGUCGUCGCGAUGGUGGCUUCUCGUGCAGGCCGUCUUUUGGCGGUUCCUCAUGCGCAUUGGCAUGUUCAUCCACCAUAUUUCGUUCCCACGGCCUCCUCGUCGCUCUUUCGUCCGAUCCAUCCCGUCCGGUUCGUCACGGAUUGAUUUGUACUUCUACUGUCCACCCGAGUACUCUCAAGAUAUUAAAGAAGGUCGCAGAUUUCCAGUAGUGGUUAACUUUCAUGGGGGUGGGUUCACCCUAGGAUGUCCGACCGAUGAUAGUCGCUGGGCCCAGUCCGUCCUGGCGGAAGUGGGCGCCGUCAUGGUCAGCGUCGGAUACCGUCGAGCCCCCGAACAUCCGUUUCCCGCCGCUGUAGAUGACGGGGUGCGAGCGAUCCAGUAUCUCUCUGCCCAUGCCAUUGAGCUAGGGCUGGACGUCUCACGCAUCGCUCUCAGCGGGUUUUCGGCUGGUGGCAAUCUGGCGGUCACGCUUGUCGAUGCUUCCGCCAGCGACGUCCAUAUCGUUGCUAUCUUUUGCUGGUAUCCCAUCUUGGAUUUCGAAGAAUCCCGUGAGCUUCGGCGGAAUGCGAGUAUCAUGCCCGAUAAGACCCUCCCGGAGUUCUUCACCAAUUUAUUCGAUGAGGCAUAUUUGCCCGAUCUUGUGGACCGCCGGUCGCCGUAUGCAUCGCCCGUUCGGGCCGCGGAUGACCUUCUCGCCGAUGCCCUCCCCCAUGACAUCUUUCUGUACAUCUGUGAAUGGGACAUGCUCCUCAAUGAAGGCCAGCAAUUCGUGCGUCGUUUACAAGAUAUUGGCAAGCAUGUCCGCGCCAUGAUGAUUGAGAAAGUACCGCAUGCCUGGGACAAGUCUCCGAACCCGUGGCGUGAUCAGGAACAGGUAGAUAUCCUCUAUCGCGACGCUUGUGCCGACAUGAAAGCCAUCUUUAAUGCGUAG